AUGACCUCCAACACCAAUCCAGACCUCGACACCAACCAAAUAGACCCCAAUGUAGCCUCCAACCUCCCCCCCGCCCACGCAAUCACAACAACCCGCCACGGCACCAGCUACUGGGACACCACCAACACAACCCGCAUAACCCUCACCCUCCCCGACAAAACCACAAAAUUCUACUUCCUCAAAACCCUCAAAAAUGACCUAGGCAAAAACAUCCUCUGCGGCGAAUAUGCAUCCAUGCAGGAAAUCCACCGCGUAGUCCCGGAUUUCGCGCCGAGGCCGAUCACCUGGGGGACUUAUAAAAAUGACUCCGAGACGCAUUUCUUUCUCUGCGAGUAUCGUGAUAUGAUACUGGCUAGGGAUGAGAUGCCUGAUCCAGGAGUGUUUACGGGGAGAUUGGCGGCGUUGCAUCAGAGCCAGAGUCGGAGUCCGGAGGGGAAGUUUGGGUUCCAUGUUCCUACGUAUAGUGGGUAUUUACCGCAGUAUACAGGGUGGGAGGGGAGUUGGGAGGUGUUCUUUUCGAAGAGUUUGCGUGUUGCGAUGGAUUUGGAGAUUAAGGCGAAGGGGUAUGAUGCUGAGUUUGAUGUGCUUGUGCCGGUUAUUUUCGAGAAGAUUGUUCCGAAGUUGUUACGGCCGUUGGAGAGUGAGGGACGAAGCGUGAAACCGGCGCUGGUACAUGGGGAUCUGUGGUAUGGGAAUUCGGGGACGGAUAGGGUAUCCGGGGAAUGUCUGGUUUUCGAUGCGUGUUGUUUUUACGCGCAUCAUGAGUAUGAAUUCGGGCAAUGGAUGCCGGCUUGUAAUCGGUUUGGAGAGGAGUAUCGUGCGGCGUAUCGGGGGUUUGUGAAGCCUUCGCCGCCGGAGGAGGAUUAUCCUGGGCGGUUGGAUUUGUAUAAGCUACGGUUUAAUACCCAUGUUUCUGCGCUUUUUACGAAUGAUGCAUCGUUGAGGAAACAGAUGAUAAACGACAUGAAAGACCUCGUCAGCCGAUAUGGCUAG